GUUCAGUUGCUAUCAGAGUACUCUAAUGCGGGCAUUUUGUUCUAUAAACUGCCUAAUUUAUUAUGUAGAGUUUCCUAAGUUUUAAUUUUAUUGACUUUGAUAUCUCUGAACUAGGUUUUUGGUACCUUAACAGCUAAGAAUUAGACUACGUAAUUUCCUUGGGGUAGGUAAUGGUAGUGCGUGACGUGGUUCAUACUAAGUAAAAGUGAGAACUAGUCCAUUACUUUAUUCAUGAGCUAAAAUAAAUUCAAAGUUCGUUAGUCAUAGCGUUUAUAGAGUUACACAACUUAGUUGCGGAUCAUGCGAGCUCCUAUAAAUUCGUACGGUUAAGGUCGCCGUAAAAGUGCGUUACGUAUUCCCGAUCCGUAUGGUGAAAUGAAGCUAUUAGCAGAGAGCUGUGUGACACGCCAUAAAGCCAUCAGAGGAGUUGGCAGCGCGCCACAGGCGAAUAGUGACAGAAACGAAGCCCGUGAGUCAGCGGUACGCGGAACCUGUGUGCGGCGGCGCGAUCGAUAGACACUGCACCCCGCGCGCCGCCCCCGCCUGCACCUGCCGCCACCACACAGCCCGGCUCCUCGCCGCCGCCGACACACACCACAAAAACACAAGAAAAUUCCUAAUAAUCAACGGAAACAUUAAACAGUGCUUUGAUCCAAGUCAAUUUUAGUAUUUACCUAUAACCAGUUCAGUGGUUCAAGGUCGGGACGGUCGACGACCCCGCUUAAGUAUAGGAGAAACGUCUACCUCAGUAUCGGCUGAAACGCCGCUGUUUAUUAUUUGUGUUCAUCUGUGAAAUUUUAUUUUUAAUUAUUACGUGUAGUGGGCAAGGUCGUGGUGCGUUUGCUGUGCACAAAUGUUGAAUCUUUAUCAUUGGAAGCACGCGCGUGCUCCGCGGCGGUACACAAAAAAGGCGGUUGCGCUAGUCGCUCUACCCUGACUUCUAUCUGCUUCGGUUCGUGGAUGUGAUUGAGUCUGGUCUGCAGCCAUGGCGUCUAAAGUCCUAGUGCCAGCUGCCCCGUUCACGAAGCUCCAAGUAAAGAAGUCUGCUCCGGAGCCAACAGGCAGCGGGUUCAUCAUUGGAGGUGACCCGGUGGCCAGGGUCGCACACCUGGAGCACAGCGUCAGGUUUCUGCAGGAACAGCAUCGGCAGAUGCUGAGUGGUUUACAUGCGGAGAUCGAAGCCUUGAGAGAGAGGAACAGAGAUCUGCAGUUCCAGUUGAUAUUCAACAAGGAAUCCUCACCGAAGGCCAGUUCACCACCAGCUGAGGAAAACACUGAAAACAAUGAGGCUAAGCUGAAGCGCGAGGUGUCACGCCUGGAGCAGGAAGCGUCCACUGCCCGCAGUGAGGCGAAGGCUGCCGAGGCCCGAGCACUACAACUGCAAAUGCUCGUAGACGCGCAAACUGAAAAGCUGCGGUCUCUGGAGGUGAGCAGCGCGUGUUCGUGCGGCGGCGCGGAGGGCGCGUGUGCGCCGGAGAGUCGCGCGGAGCUGCGCGCGCGGCUGGGCGAGGCGGAGCGCCUGGUGCGCCGCCUGCGCGCCGACGCCGAGCGACAGCGCAGAGAGGUACAGGCGGCCGCCGGCCGGGACCCCGCCGGGGGCGCCGUCACUAACCUCUUGUUUGACGGCGUGGCCGCGCGUCACGCUCACUUACAGUGUAUGAAAAAUUCCCUGCACGCGAGUUUGCGCGCCAGUGGUUUGGACGCGUACGGAUAUCAGAACAACUACCACUUUCCACCAGUACAUACGCCUGACUUCUGGCGAGAGCCGCUUAGAGACGACUUCAACAUGGUGGGUUCGAGAGGACGAAGCACCCGGCGGCCGCUCACACUGCCUGAACUAUCCGGACAACAGAUGCACCGCUCUACCAUUUAUGCAAACAAUCAUACACGUGAUCCACGUCCGAGAGCCAAUGGAUAUGACAAGAAUAAAAAGCCGCCAGCGACCAAUGGAGAGGCCACCACCAGUACCAGUACCCCUAAGACUCCAGAAGAACCCUCAGACCGCCGAUUUAGAUCAAUGAACGCGAGCGAUUUAUCGAAAAACGAACAUAGUAACAUGAGCUCAAAAGCCAUGUAUCCAGAGUUGAAAAUUGUUGUGACAAAAUUAAUAUCACACAGUCAGGUGAGCGGCGCGAGCGCAGACGCGAGCCGCGGCCGCGCGCGCAGACACCACCACCGCAAGCACGCGCCCGACACGUAGGGGGGGGCACUCACACGGGGGGGGGGCACACACACACACACUGCAGCCUCGCGGACACCGCCCACAUUGUCCAACCGUCGACAGUAUUGGAUUUCAUUUAACACAAACAAAAUUGAUGUAGUAUGGUAUAAUUUCAUCUUCUAAUGAGGGCGCUAGCGUGAUCAUUUGCUAUAGGUACAGUGUCAAACCAUUGCAUGUUAAUCAAACUUUGACGGCUAUAGCGAUUGGAUAAACAAGACCUCAUUUAUUGGCAGAGCCGUAUUACAACUAAAACAAACUAGGCUUAGGGCGCCAGAACCUUUAGCCAAACGCCACUUUAGCGCUUGUCUACAGAGAGUGCAGAAAAUUUAAUGUAUGGGGAUGACACUGAUA